CACACACACACUUUUUCCCCUUCUCACACUCCUGACUGCCCACCCUCCGACACAGCAUUCCAGUGUAAGCAGAUGAAAGCCAGCCACCCCCUGUCUCCUCAUGGGUGGAGUGAUUUGCCGUGGUCACAGAGAGGAGUGGGAGACAGGAGCUUCAGGCGCGCUCAUUGAUACUUGCGGAGUGUGAGGAGCUGAGAGAAGGGCAGAGAAACGUAUUCACACACAGCAGGCUGUGAGCUGGGAGCAGGGAUGGUAGCGGAGGAGAUUGUGCUCUCCCUCUCUGGAGGAGCACCGUGGGGCUUCAGACUACAGGGAGGAGCGGAGCAGCAAAAACCUCUACAGGUGGCCAAGGUACGCAGGCGCAGCAAAGCGUGCAGAGCUGGACUGAAGGAGUAUGAUGAGCUGGUAGCCAUUGGCCACCAUAUGUGUGCAGAGCUCAGUCAUGCCGAGGCCAUGAACCUUAUAGAUUCACAGAGCGCUACACUCAGCCUGAGGGUUAAAAGGGCCCCUUCUGGAUUCCACUCCUCAUCUUACUCUGGUUGCUCUGCAUCACCCCGCUCCUCCAUGAGGGUCCUGUCUCCCACCGCGGCUCCCUUGACCUCCCAGCGUUCCUCCAUCCUGUCCCCCACCGGGAUACCCAAGGGCAUCACUUCCCCUCCAGACAGCGAGGCCUACUACGGAGAGACAGACAGUGAUGCAGACACACACUCACACAUGCACCGUCGCCAACGCCGCACACCUCCUCACGCACGCUCUCCUGCACGCUAUGACAACCAAGAAGAGGAGGAGACCUCAGAGAUGAGCGGGUAUGAGAGCGCCACAGAUGCAGGGGUAUCCAUGCAGGGACAGUGGGAGGGUCAGUGUCUUGUUGGCGUCCCUCGCAGAGAGCUCAUCUACCAGCCCCUCCAGACUGACUGGACCACACCAGUGCACACUCCGCACACCCUGACCCCACACACACUCACUCCGACCCCCGAUCAGGGGUUGGUGGAAGCUGAGGGAGAAGGGGACAGCGGCUUCCAGGAGGCAGGGGGCUGCAUCGGGCUGGCCUGCCCACCGCUUGUAUCUCCUGAACGGGCGAAAGAGGCUCUGAUGUUGGGUUCUGGUAAUCAACUGGUGCCCAUGGUGGGACCACAGCUGACUCCAGUCAGUGACGAGCUCUCCACCACCUACAUGGAAAAGGCACGGCAAGCCAAGUUGCAGCGUGGGGAGAGUGUGGUGGAGAAACAGGUGAAAGAAGCUCGCACUAAAUGCCGCUCUAUUGCCUCUUUGCUGACUGAUGCUCCCAACCCCAACUCAAAAGGGGUGCUUAUGUUCAAGAAACGCCGACAGAGGGCCAAGAAGUACACACUGACCUGCUUCGGCAAAGCUGAGGGCGAUAGAGGAGGGGAUACAGAAGGAGAGACAGGAGGGGAGACAGAAGAGGAAGGAGGAAGUUCUGCCCUAAGUGGCUCAGAAGUUGAUGAAGAGGGAUUCUCAGCAUCGUUUGACCCUACGUGGGAUACUGGUUAUCUAGACGUGUUGGACAGGAGAAGCUCUGCCUGCCCGUCAACCACGCCAACUACUCCAACCACGGCAACAAACAAUCACAACUCUGGGCUGGACAUCUCAGCCUAUCAGACUCCAGAACUUUUGACCUCUGUCAAUCAAAGCCCAGGGUUGGAGGUUUCAGGGCUGGAGAGCUUAGCCUAUCAGGGCUCAAGGCUGGAGAGCAGCAUCACGAAGCAGCCAGUUCGUAACCAUCCUGCACCCAUGUCUCCUCCAGCUGUGGCUCUGACCAAUGGGGGGUCAGUAGCUGUUAGUCGGGCUAGCGUUGUUCUGAGCCCACCCUCUCAGAUGCCUCUUCCAAGUCAAAAUGGGCAACAUGGCAACCCUAAUCCUAGUCCUAACCCUAAUCUCAGUCCUAGUCCAAUCACAGACUCAGAUCAUCACCUGAACGCCAACCUCAGUCCUAAUCAAGGUGUUCUGAACCGUACUGCACGGCCCUUCACCCCGGGCCCUACCUCUUCUCGUGCAUCUGUAACUUCUGUGAUGUUUCGCCCUCCCCAACCCAAACCCACAGCCGUGACCAUGGCGACCAAACCUGUGGCGGCCGUCUCCAUGGUGACUAUCCAACCUACUCGGCAUCUAUCAGGGCCAGAUGCAAGAAGAGCGGUGUCUAGCACCUCUCUGUACAUCCCUCCAAGAAAUAACAACAGCAACACUCCCCCCUCUGUUAACUCUCCCCCCUCAGUGCUUGCUCAUCCCUCCCAUCUGUCUUCUGCACCUUUCUCCCAGCCAGCCAAAAAUCCACCAACAUUUUCCCCUCAGCCCGCAGUGUAUGCUUCCCCCUCCACCCCGUUCUCUCCUACUGCAGCUCAAAGUACCCUGGUCUGUCCAUCACCUGCUCAACCCUUCUCCCCUCCAGCUCCGCAGCCAUUUUCCUCUCAUACUGCUACUUCUUAUCCACCUCCCUCCACUGGCAUUUCUUCUUCUCCCAUCUCCCCACCACAUCUGGCACAGGUCUCCUUCCAUGCCCAGCCUACCCCUCUUCCUCCUCCUCCCACCCAACCUUCUCCAUCUCCAUCUGUCCAUCCCUACAUCAACAUGACAGGUGCAGUGACUCCCGGCCCCCAUGCUGUCAUGGCAACUGCAUCACCUCCCCAGCCUACUGCUGCCGAUUCACUGGCGACACGUGAGCAGCGCAUCGCGGUCCCUGCCGCUCGCACUGGCAUCCUGCACGAUGCCCGUCGUCGUGCCAACAAGAAGCCAAUGUUCUGUGCGGUCCAGAACAAAGAUAUUUCUCCAAACCCGGACUUGAUGUCGAUGGUCCAGAACAUGGAUGACCACUUUGAAAGAACCCCAGGUGCUGAACCUGGAGCUGCACCCAGUGCGGAGACCGGACAUGAGUCAGGGCCGGAGGAGGACUGGCUGAGGCUGGGGGCAGAGGCCUGCAACUUCUUGCAGGCUCAGCGGGGACCCAGGCCACCUCCUGUAGCUCCAAAACCACAAACCCCUCAGGUGCCCCAGCUGGAAGGGAAAGGAGGUGAGCUGUUUGCCCGCAGGCAGAACAGAAUGGAUCGGUACGUUGUGGAGCGAGCUCCCUCUGUUGCUGCAGCACCUUACUCUCCCGCCCAGACGAGGGAGCCCUCACCCACACCUUCUCUCCCCGCCACCUGGAAAUACUCGUCCAGCAUCCGUGCUCCUCCUCCCAUCAGCUACAACCCCCUUCUCUCUCCCUCCUGCCCUCUGAAGGCCCAGAAGAAGCCUGAGGUGACAAAGUCUGGGCCAGCUCGAGCUAAAGGGCAGAAAGCAGGCAUCAAGCCUGUGGACAUUAUGAGCCACCAGCCCUACCAGCUCAACUCUUCUCUGUUCAGCUAUGGGGGCGGGGUUCCCCAGGACACCUCCACCUAUCAGCAGCAAGGAAUGCCAAGUGGUCCUCAGAAAACAGCACGAGUAUAUGAGGUAAAGCGCUUCUCCACCCCCCCGCCGAUAGCCACAGGGCCCGCCCUCAAAGUGAUUGUACCUCGAUCAGCUACGACACUCGGAGAACCAUUGUGGCGCUCUGAUGUUGUAUCUCCUCCACCCACAGUUCAUCCCACCCCCUACCAACCCUAUCAGCCUCAACCCCAACCUUACCAACCCCAGUGGGCCACCUCCCCUCUGUCUCCCCCACCUCCCCCUGCCCCUACCGCUCCACUCCCUCAGCUCCCCACCUUCUCUUAUGCUCCUACUCCAAACCUAGUCCAGUCCCCAGCUUUCUCCCAACUUCAGCCCUCCAACAGUGCUCAGGCCAACAGGCAGUUUAAGAGUGCCCCAGAUCUGAGUCCCCUAGGCCCUGCUGGGGCCUCUCGGCCGGCGUCCAGCACCAGUCAACUUACCAGGGUCCCCAGGCCCAGGUUCAGCACUUCCAACCUGGGUCUGCAGCCUGGCGUCUGGCGCCCUGGAUCCACUACGCACUGAAAAGACUUUGGUCUGGACAUAAUCUAUGGGAACAUAGAGCUAUUGCAACAUUUUCUAAACAAGUCCAUGUGUUUUUAGUAUUGUAAUAUUGUUAUUCAUGGCUGCAGCAGUUUUAUCAGCCACAUUUUAUCACAAGAUCUGUUUGGAUUGGGCACCCAUGUAGCACAUUUUAUCACUUCCAUUUAAUCUUGUUGACUCAUUUAUCCAAUGCAUUUGGUUUUAGUUAAAGGGAACACUUUUUUGCAAAGGAAAUGUUGUGUGGAAAAGUUUAAUAAAUGGAAAUCAACGGCAGAUUGAAAGGAAAGAAAAAAGAUGCUGAGGAAAACUUAAAUAAAGUUAUGUAAAUAUUAUAUUGAAUGACGAAGAAUUACGUCUAAACAUAAAAAAAGAAGAAUAGAGGAUGUGAAAAGACAAGACUGUUGUGAGAGAGAUGUGGUCGAGGAUGGGAAAAAGAUGAAUGGGAAAGCACAGGAGGCACCGAUGAAGUGACAUGAUAGAAAUAAUGUCUGAUGAGGUGUGAAAGGUGCAGAUUUGACUUGAAUCUGUAAACACCCUACAGAACCUGUCACCAUCCAGUAAUGUCAUAUUAGAAAAGUUGCUUACCAACAAAUUUGAAGUAGCUACUACUACUGUAAUUCCCCCUCUGUUAUAUACAGUAUAUUCUAAGUUUUGGUGUUUGAUUAGACGGAGUGUGUUUUUUAGUUGCACUCUGCUGCAGCGGUGUGUGCUUUGUUUUCUGUAGUUUUUCAUAGGGCGAGGAGCACAGCUGCUACGAAGAAGGGAAGCCUUUUACAGUAGACUUCUGAACUGUUGAUAUGAAACAGGAGAGGUAUAACGUGUCUGUUUAGCUGUGAUUCUUCUCCACAGAGACUGAGAGACUGAAUAAAAAUAGACAUGACUCACA